AUUCGGUGGUGGUAGUGUGCAGCGCGAGACCCUUCUGAAAUCGGGACAUGUGCGAAUGAAAUAAAUUCAGCGCGAAUAACCUGUUUGAAUUUUUGUUACUCUCCGCUUCGUCGAAAUGGCAGAGGAACAUGUACUGGGCGACCAAAAUGUCGAGUACCACUUGGUGACGAUGUUCGAGAAGUUAGAAACGUUGCGGAACGAACAUGUUAAGGUGAUGAACUCUUGCAAAAUACCGAUGCAGGUCGAGAUAAGGACUUUGGAAUUUUGGCGGUCUGUCAUCUCCGAGUGUUUGGCAUCUUUCAUCUACGUUUUUGUUGUUUGCGGGGCGGCUGCGGGGGCAAGCAGUGGAUCUUCCGUUUCCUCGCUGCUUCUGGCAACUGCCCUUGCUUCGGGGUUUGCUAUGACUUCUCUGACGCAGUGUUUUGGGCAUAUUUCAGGUGCCCAUAUCAACCCAGCAGUUUCACUGGCGAUGGGGGUGAUAAAAAGAAUUUCUGUACUACGAACUAUUCUCUUCAUGGUGGCGCAAUGUGGGGGAGGAAUUGCUGGAGCAGCAUUUUUGUAUGGGGUAACGAUUCAUGGUUAUCAAGGAAAUCUGUCUGCUGUGAUAAGUCACACCGCCAGCAUAGCGCCUUGGGAAAUAUUUGGAAUCGAAUUCAUUUUGACAUUCGUUGUGGUAUUUUCGUACUUAAUUUCCAUGGACACAUACCGAAAAUGGACUGGGACAUCUUCACUGACCAUCGGAUCCACUUACUCGGCUUGUACAUUUGCUUCCAUGCCGUAUUUGAAUCCAGCAAGAUCUCUAGGUCCGUCAUUUGUACUGAAUAGAUGGGAAAACAACUGGGUAUACUGGCUCGGACCGUUAUGCGGUGGGAUAGUCUCGGCCUUGAUAUACGAAUAUAUUUUCAACACACGUCGACCAAAGCAAGUAAAGGAAUCUCAAGACGAUGAAUCUUCAAGUAUCCGCUCCGAAGACAUGGACAACUACGACGACAUUGAUAAACCUACAGCCCCAAAAUUCCACGGAUCUUCUUACAACAAUUACAGAGCGUCAGUUGGUGCUGGAGGAGGUGCAAAUUACUGUGGCAGCUUAUAUUCUGCCCCAGCAACGAAGUUAGAGAGAGGCGAAUCAAUAUAUGGCGGGACUAAAUCGUUGUACUGCAAUUCACCCCCUUUAACUAGGGCUAAUCUGAACAGAUCCCAGUCUGUAUACGCCAAAUCCAACUCUGGUAUUAACAAGGAUCUUCUGCCGAAGCCUGGACCUCUGGUCCCCACACAGUCCAUGUACCCACUGCGAAUGAACCAGCAUAGUCAUGUAACCAACCAGAAUGUGCAAAACCAGCUUCAGCAGAGAUCGGAAGGAAUAUACGGUGUGAGAGGGAUAACACCCGGGACCGCUAAUAGACAAGACGUUCACGGUGCUACUGAUCGACAGAGAGAUAACUACUCAACUGCAGAGCGACAACGCGUUGACAACUAUUCCACCACCGAGAGACAACGAAGAGAGGCUCUAACUUCUGGCGAGAAUCCCUAUGGCACGAGAAUCAACCCGCCUAGCUCUGAAGCUGCUGGAAAAUUCGAAGAAAGCGCGAAACAAAGAGGAACCCGACCAGAAUCAAUGUAUGGAAUGUUGGGUUCUCAGGCUCGUCGUAUGCAGUCAUCAGCAGCUCAGUCUGAUGAUUCAAGUUAUAGCUCUUAUACUGGAAAUAGCAGUACAAGGAACGGCUAUAAUCCUCCAGGCAAUACAACUUACCACGCCGCUCAAAAAACUAAUCCAGCCGGUUAUCCAGGUAGAAGCGGUCCUCCUAGUACGGAAAGUAGACCGAUUCAGCCACCCCAGCUUUUGACGACUGCAUCUAGUUCGGGGUCAUAUCACCAUCAACAUUCACCAAACCCUCAGUAUUGAGUUCGUUGUUAACUGUUGUUGAAAAAUAAUGUUUAAUAUAUAACCUGUAAAUAGUUAGUGUAGUUAGAAGUAAUUGUUUACAUUACCUCAAGAAAAAAAUUAAGUUUUCAUAAUUUGUUGUUUAGUUUCCUGAUUAUUCAGCGUUCCUCUUUUUGAAUGAAAGUUGAAAAAUUGAGCGGCAUGAAUGAAUGAGUUAUUUUUGACUGAAAUUUCACGAUUACAAUUUUUAUUGAGUUAUUAUUUUAUGUUGAACAUCAACAUUGUGCUGUUGUAAACAAUUACUUUCUGAGGAGCAUGAUCACUCCAAAAUCACCUGGAUCAGGAUAAGCUCUAUACUUUCAUUUUGUAAAAAGCUCCAACCAAACAUAAUCAUAAUUUUUAUUUUUACUUUUUGUUAUAUAUUUUGUAUAUUUAUACCUACUAGUUAAAUAGUGCAUAACUAUAUACACAUUGUUCUUUAGGUUUACUAUAAUUUGAAAAAA